AUGACAAUCACAGCAGCCGUUUUGGCUGAGAUAUGUUCGGCACUACCACUCAGCGGGUCUAUCUAUAUCUGGGCCGCUGAGAGUGCUGGUCCCAAAUACGCUAGGUUCUUUGGGUUUACAGUUGCCUGGUGGUCUUGCACCGCCUGGAUGACAUUUGUUGCUGGAAAUUGUCAGACAACUGCCAACUAUAUCGUUUCCCAACUAGCUGUUUGGGACGUUGACUAUCCUGGAGGUGUCGGCAACGACAACAUCAAGUGGCGGUCUUUGAUCUGGGUCAUUUCGGAAGGACUGCUGCUACUCGCGGUUGCCAUCAAUUAUCUCCCGCCACGGGUAUACUCUCUUGUCUUCCGAGCGUCUAUCUUUAUCAUGAUGCUGGACUUUUUCCUUUGUUUGAUCUGGCUUCCCAUUGGGGUGUCGAAAACGUACGGUUUCCGAUCUGCACAUGAUGUAUUCCUCCAGACAGCUAACGAAACUGGUGCCCCUCCUGGUUGGAAUUGGAUUUUAUCUUUCCUUUUCACUGCUGGGACAAUGACCGGAUUUGACGCCUCUGGUCACAUCGCAGAAGAAACCAAGAAUGCAAGAGUCAUAGCAGGAAAGGGUAUUUUGUCAAGCGCCAUCGCUACUGGCGUCUUGGGAUUCGUAACAGCAAUACUUUUCCUUUUCUGUACUCCCAGCCUCGAUGUCUUCUUUGCUACCAACGCUCCUCAGCCUUUUGUUCAGCUUUACGCUGUUGCUUUGGGAAAGAGGGCCAGCAUCUUCAUGACUAUCAUUGCUGUCAUUGGCCUGAUCUUGAACACCAGCAUCGCCAUUGUGGCAGCUUCUCGCUUGGUAUUUGCAGUCGCUCGCGAUGGUGUGCUUCCGAUGUCGAAAUGGAUCGGGCAGGUCGAUGAAAAAGGGCAACCUAAACAUGCGGUCACGGUCAUCUAUCUUUUUGCAGCUACACUUCUUUGCAGCAUUCUGCCUAGUCAAGUCGCGUUUACGUCGCUCGUCUCUGCUGGUGGUGUCCCAACGAUUGCGGCUUACGGUUUAAUUGCUCUCUUGCGAUUUACCCUGACCCCGAACAGUUUUAAAACAUCCUAUUUCUACCUUGGCAAGUAUAGAAAGUUAUUCUAUCUUGUAACCAUUCUGUUCAAUGCUUUGGUUGUAUCCGUCAUGCUCUCCCCUUUCUACUUCCCUGUCACUGCGGAGAACUUCAACUUCGCAUGUGUCAUAUUUGGGAGCAUCACUAUCUUCGCCGUCUGUUGUUGGUACUUCACACCACCAGAGAAGUGGCUCCGUCAAGAACAAAUUUUGCAGGCAUUGCAUUCUACGGAAGAUGAAGAGACUAGUGACCACCAUGACUAG